AUGUCUACAAAAGAAACUGCAACUGUUUCUUCUCCUAUUAAAAAACUCAAUAAUUUAUUUGACAUAUCAUUGUCAUGUUUAACAAAUCGUUUUAUAUGUUCACAACUUGUACCGCGUCAUACAUCACCACGACAAAAAAUCUUAUUAUGUCACGAUAUGAAAGGAGGAUAUCUGAAAGAUAAGCAUAUACAAGGCUGUCAAUCAUAUGAACCUUGCUAUCGAUUUUUUCGUUGGCAUCUAAUCGACAUAUUCGUCUAUUUUUCUCAUGAACUUGUUACUAUACCACCAUUAGUUUGGAUUGAUUGUGCACAUAAAAAUGGUGUUCAAAUACUAGGUACAUUUAUAACUGAAUUUGAUGCAGGAAAAGAAAUAUGUCGUCAAUUAUUAGCAUCAGAUGAUAAUGUUGAUCGUGCAGUUGAUGCUCUUGCAUUACUUAUGGCAUGGUAUAAUUUUGAUGGAUAUUUAUUGAAUAUUGAAAAUCCAAUUGAGCCAGAAUAUGUUAAACGUCUUCUUUCAUUUGUUGCAAAACUUAAAUUAGCUUGUGAAAAAAUUGAUCCAAAUAGUUUAGUUAUUUGGUAUGAUAGUGUGACUAUACAUGGUGAGUUAAAAUGGCAAAAUCAAUUAAACGAAUUGAAUGAACCAUUUUUUAAUGUUUGUGAUGGAAUAUUUUUAAAUUAUACAUGGAAGAUAGAAAAGCUUUUACAAUCGAAAAUUAAUGCUGGAGAACGUUGUCGAGAUGUUUUUGUUGGUAUUGAUGUUUUUGGUCGAGGAUGUUUUGGUGGUGGUGGUUUUAAUACAUGUGAAGCAAUGUCUGUAAGUUAUACAAAUGAUUUAAGUGCAGCUAUAUUUGCACCUGGUUGGUUAUUUGAAACAUUGGAUACAAAUGAAUUUAUUGAAAAUGAUAGAAAGUUUUGGAAUUUACUAGAACCAUAUACAAGUCAAAGAGUUCUUCAUAUGAAAUCCUUAACAACAUUUUUUUCUGAUGGUUUUGGCAAGGAAUUUUUCGUUCAUGGUGUAAACCUCGCACGCAAUUCAUGGUAUAAUCUUAGUUUACAAUCUUAUUUACCUAAUGUUUUAAGUGAAAAUAAAUGGUUAAUUAAUCAUGAUGAUGCUUAUUUUGGUGGAUCAUGUAUUGAAUUUAAAGCAGAUGCUAAUGGCUAUUUUAAGUUGUUUAAAUGUCUAAUACCAAUCGAAUCGAUUUGUGAUAUAACUUUAGUUUUUAAACAUAUUGCUGAUAUUGUACUUGAACUUAAAUUUGAUAAUGGGAAACACAUGCGUUUAGAGAAAAGUGACAAAGAGUUGAUUGUUCAUAAUUGGAAACGAAAAACUUAUCGACUUGUUAUUAAUGAACACGUAUCGAUAACUGAUAUAUCAAUUCAUUAUGAUGAAAAUAUACAUUCAACUAUCAAACUUGGUUAUUUAUCGAUUCAUCCUAUCGAGUCUCAUUGUUUAAAAAUUGAACCAUUACCACCUUUAAUACAAUCGAUUGAGCAAACAUCAAAUUCAUCGAUUAUUUUACAUUUUGUUGAUUCUAUUCAUGAACAACCAUCAUCAAUUAUAUUAGUUUUUGUACGUGAUCAAUUUGAACAAUAUUCAUUUCUGGGUGCUACACGUCAAUCAUAUUUUGUUAUUUUUCAAUCAGAAACAAUCAAUAAUAAACAAGAUUAUUCUAUGUUAGUUAUUCGACAUUAUUCAUUUGAUAGUUUAGUUUUAAUUAAUGAACAAAUUCUUAAAAUACCGAUGGCGUUUAAUUGUUUACAAGGCUUUUCUUAUGAUAAACGGUUUGAUCAACUUAAAGCAAAAAUAGAUGCUAAUCCUCAGUGUAUAAAAGCAAAAGAUCGUGAUGGUCGUACUGUUCUUCAUUGGGCUUGUUCAAGUGGUGCAAAGGAUAUUGUUCAAUAUCUGCUUGAUGUUUGUCAUGUUCGACCAGAUAUUCCUGAUGAACUCGGUUGGACACCAUUGAUGAUUGCAGUAUCAACAGGUCAUCUAGAAAUCGUUCGAAUGCUUUUACAAACAAAUAAAGUAGAUAUAGAACAAUCAAAUUCAUCGGGUGCUCGACCUUUACAUUAUGCAUGUUCAAAAAAUUUUUAUGAAAUUACUCAAUUGUUACUUGAACAUGAUGCUGAUAUAAAUGCAACAGAUAAAUAUAAACAAACACCAUUAGAUCGUUGUUGUUCAAAAGGAAACACACGAAUUGUAGAACUUUUAUUAAAACAUCCAAAAAUUGAUUUAAGUAUGCAUAAAGAAUGUGAUGGAGAUCAUUCAUUAUUUCAACAAUAA